AGAACAUUCAAUUCGUUGACAUUUAGGUUGCCUAGUGUCAAAUGUUUGUUGACAAAAUUUGUUUGGCAGUUUAAAUAUUAUGGAAAUGAGUUUCAAUAGGUGCUUCCGCCUAGUUCAUACAGAAAUCAACAGUUAUGACUGAUACAGAUGAUACAGACGAGCUGUUACUGAUCCCUCCUGACUUUUUCUCAACAGAAUCAGGUUUUGGACAUUCCGAAACAGCCCAACCGUAUUACAACAUUGUAGAUAAUCUAAUAAAGCAAGUUGGUAGUCUUCAGAAUAGAAUAAAAUCAAUUGAAUCCUGUGAAAGUUUUUAUAGCAACUCUUUAGAAUCACUUAAAAUGGAUAGACCUAGAGAAAGUUUUAAGAAAAGUAACAGUAGCGAUGAUUUGUGUACCUCUUUUAGUGCGCAAAACAGCCCACAAAAGCCUGUGGAAUUUAAAUUAAAUUCUUUACCAAAUAGUCCUAAUGUUAAAAAAUAUGUCAAUCUUAGAAACCCAAGAGUAGGAUUACAGUCAAAAUUAUCACCUUCAGCUGCAUAUUCAAACAAAUAUACCAGGUCAGGAAAAGAUGGCCAACUUCUCAAUGAAGUAGACACAUUUUUAUCAAAAGUAAAAACUAUUCAAAGGAUAAGUGCUGUGAGGAAUUUAGAAAGUGACUUUGAAAAUUGUGGUGCUAAACAUAAUGAACCUGAAGUUGUAACUUAUUUUGAAAGGAGAAAUGAGCCUAUUAGACAAAAAACUUUACAAAUGGGAGAUGGUAAAUAUAAUAUACGUGAUUUGGAAACUAGAGUACAAGAUAUGUUAAACGGGCCAAAAGAAAGAAUAGAAACAGCUGAAAGAAAAGAAAAAUCUGAUGUUCAAACUUCUACAGACAACUCAAAAGAAAAUUCCAAUUUGGUUCAAGAAUUGCUACAAUUCAAUGAUCAACCUUCUUGUAGUGAUAGUAGUUCUGAUUCAACUCAAAUUACUGCUUAUAACAGAACAAAAAACAUCAAAACCAACUUGCUGACAGAUCCAAUUCAUUCCAAUGCCCUUAAGGUUCUUCACUUGCAUAAAAAGCUGCAUGAAGAUCCUAGCAAGAAGGCCAAAAGUAAAGAAAAUGCAGGUGAACAUAAACAAAGAAGCAAGCACACGAUUGUGGGUGAUAAUUUAGGGACACAUCUGAGUUUGUUAAAUUUGGCUGAUAUUUGGAAUUCAGAAAACAAUACCUUAACCAGAAGUCAACUGACACAAAAGCUACAAGAGGAAAAAUAUAGGAGACAGCAUUGCGAAGACUUAAUUCAAGAGCUUCAGGUGAAGAAUUUAGAACUGCAACAAAAGAUGUCAGUGGCUGUAAAAGUGGAUGAUGCAAAAAACACAACUAUACAGAAAUACCAAGACGCCUUAGAUAAACUAGUCAGCAAAUUAGAAAAAUGUAACAAAGAUAGAGUAGAAUUGGAAUUUGAAAUAAAUAAGUUGAAGAAUGAGCGUAUUGAUGAAAAAGAAGAUGCAGAUCAGAGAAUUACCCAUUAUGAGAAUGAAAUACAAAGAGCUUUAAGUGUAGCUCAUACUAGUCAGGAAAAGACAGCCAUGUUAGAAAAGAAAUGUGCAGAACUGAGCAGUGAGCAGCAAACCUUGGUUCAGAAGUUAGAAACUGUGCAAAAAGAUUGUGCUAAAGAGUGUGAAAAGUAUAGGCAAAUGUCUGAAAUUUUAGCUCAGAAGGAACUGGAGUUAAAUGAAAAUAAAACAAUGCUCUCAACUGCCAGAAAUGAAAUCACUCAAAAUAGACAAGCAGUGGAUAUGUUUCAGACUGAAUUUAACAAAAUAAAGAACGAAUAUAAUGAGAUAGAAAACAAUCUUAAAGAGGAACGAUUACAAAAGGCACAACUCAACAAGAGGAUACUGGAAUUAACAGAAGAGAUAGAAUCUUACAAAAAACAAGUGAAUUCACUGCAAGAAGAACUAUCCAAGGCGAAAAAACAGUCCGAAUUGAACAAAGUAGAUCUAAGGAACUUUUACCAAGGUCAAGUAGAACUUUUAGUGCAGAACAAGCUCAAGGAGUUCCAGUGCCAAUUGGACGAACAAGAAAAUAAGUUUAAGGAGGAAUUCACCAAAAAAGAAAAGGCCAUUUCGAAGUCUGCUGCCCAGUUCCUUCAUCAAAUAUUAGAAAAACAUUCAAUGGAGGUCCAAUUGCUGGGAAAGAAGCACCAAGAAGAAACUGAAAUAUUCCAAAUUCAGGUCAAACAGCACAAGCAGCAGGUGGAGAGUUUGCAACACAAACUAGAGCAGUUCCAGAAAAGGAGUUUGGCCAUUGCCAAGCAAGUACCUAAAGUGAUGGAGUCGCAGUUAAAUGAGGCUUUAAAAAUUAUCACGCACGGCAAAAGCCCGACGUUUAAUGACGAUUUUGCUUUUAAUACGAUGGAUGAGCUGAACACCUGGAAAACUAAAUCGUACAAAAAUCUCGAAGAAGUUCUGUCCCAAUACGAAGAAGAGGAUUCCGCCCCACCAAAGAAGUCCAAAAACGAGGACGUCGGUUGUGCGAAUGACGGAGCAAAUGGAAACCAUCAUUCUGAACAGCAAUUUGAGACUCCCGUGUCUAGUAGAAUCCCGGCCAGUCGGGUUUUAUCCAAUAACGAUAUUCAGCAGUUUUUGAGUCUUUUAUUGAAUAAAGCUUCCGGUAAUCCAAAUCAACAAGAAUCUGCCAGGGAACCAGAAUUUUUAAGUUUGGAUUUCAACGAGAGGUUUUCAUACUUUCAAGAUAAGGACGACGGAAAAGAGAGUCAAAAAGGAUCACAUAGAGAACGCAAAGGACUAAAACCACCUUGGAAGUAAAACAAGAUUGUUAUAUUUUUAUAUAUUAUUUUUUAGUUUUAUAUAAAUAUUAUAAAAUAUAAUAAAUAUUUUCUUAUACAUAA